CUUCCACGUGGAGAGGGGGGUUCUGGGUGUUCACUUUUCGAAGCAGAAGCGUUUGGCUGAAAGUUAGCGGACUCGGUGCCAGAAAGAGGAACACACACCCCGGGACACAGGAGACCUUGUGACUGCCUCCCCCCAGCGGGGAGGUGUUUAACCUCGGUUCUCAGUUCCUGUUGACGCGGGGAGGACCCUCCUCCUCCAAGUUUCUGUUUGUGCAGCUUCCAACAUAUCCGUGUCGUGUGGCCGAAAAUAACUGCGCAAUAAGUCUGCUGCUCCCCGGUUGUUGUUAUGUUGUCCAGCCGAGCGGAGCACCGGGACAUGGUGGUGUUGUGGGUCCUGAAGUCCUCCGCGGUCUGAACCGGACCGGACCGGGUGGACAUGAUCGGCUCACCGGACCUUCUGCCGUUCACCGGCUCGGAGGGGUUUGAGGAAGAAAGAGCGAAGCAGGAGGCCUGGAGUCUACCGGAGGAGUUUUCUGUCCCUCUGGGACCUUCUGCUCAGCCCUGGAGCUCCAGAGCCCAGUUCCACAGAGACUUCAUCCUGGUGGCGGAGUUCUCAGAGCAGGUGGGACCGAGGCCUGUGCUGACUAUACCAAAUGAGCAAAAGGUCAUCGGCUCAUUUGACCUCAACCACUUCUCUGUACGCAUCAUGUCCGUGGACUACCAGGCGUCUGGCCCGGGUCACACCCCUCCCUCUUCACCGGGUCCCCGGCUCAGCUUCAGCGAGGACUCCAGAGUGAUGCUGGGAGAUUCGGCGGAGGAUGCGUUUGCCUAUGUUCAGCACCUGACCCUGUACGACCUGGAAGCUCGGGGGAUGGUGCGUCCGUUCUGCAUUGCCUAUGUGUGUUCGGACCAGGUGAAGCUGAUGGAGAACUUCUCUGAGCUGUCGACGGGCUUCUCUCAAGCGUCUGACAGCCUCAAGACUGGAAAUAGACAAGCAUUUUCCACAGAGCUGCAAAGAAAACUACAAGAGCUUGAGUUCAGACGGUUGACUCUGCUGCAGAACAAAGAACUUCAGGAAGUGAAGGAUGAAUCAGCUGAAGGGAAACCAGAGGAGCUUGAUGUUUUGGAAUAUUCCAUCUUAAAUCACAGAGAGCUCCUUCGCCAGGUCACAUCCUACCCUAACAGGAAGCUUCAACAGCCUGACUUCCUGCCCUAUGACCCAGCUGACUCCCUCACAGAUCUGACUGCGUUACAGCCUCCUGAGCCAUGCUCCUAUCUCCCCACCUCCUCCUCCUCCUCCUCCCCAUCCUCCUAUAGGUCAGAGAACCUUCUCAAGCCUCUCGAGGAGCUCUGCAACUCCUACUUCUUUUCCCUGAUGAAGGAGCAGCUAGUGGACACUGAGCGGCGUCUGCGGGGGGACAGGAGCGUCCUUAGAACUUGUCAUGUCACUCAUUCACUGUCCAGGAGGCUGAAGCUCACCAACUUCCUGUUUGAGCUGUGGAGCCCCAGGGAGGCAGAGGAGGAGGAAGGUGAGCGUGCUGAGAUGGAGGCACAGGGGGUCUCGGGGAGCAAGACGGAGGUUCAGUCAGAACGGCAGAGUGCGGAGGUGCUCAUAUCCUGUCUGGAGGAGAUCCCGAUCAAACUGGUGGCAGAAAAGGCUGACUUCAGCGCUGCUGCAGAGAUGACGGGGAGCAUGAGCAGCGGGGACAGCAUUGAAGUCCUCGGGACGGAGAAGUCUUAUCAGACACAGCGGGUGAUAGCUGAAACAUCCACGGGGACAGCAGAUGUUUGUGUCCGGUGUGCGGCGAUAGACGCGGGUGUCAGACGCGUGCGAGAUUACGCCAAACGGGCCAACAGCGAGGACAGCAUCGAGGUGCUCAGCACCAGCGAGUCCAUCUUUCCCGACGACCUUACCGCCAUCACAGAGGAAGAGGCGGAGCAUCAUCCUCUAACUAACGGUUUUAAGGAUGAGGAAGAGUUAGCGAAUGGUUGGAAAUCUGAUGAAUUACCUCCUGAAAGGAUGAAGAUGACUUGGGCUACUUCAGAGAAUGAACGUGAUGACCCCGUCAACAAAGGAGAGUCUUUAGGAGAACCAGCUGCUGAUGUUGAUGAUUCUGUCACCAAGAGGAUAAAAGACAUUCAGGAAGAUGUCGCUCCAGAGAAGGCGCAUGAACCAUCAGAAGGCGUGGACUUGUUUCCACGGAGACUGAGGUUGUUUUCUCAGCUACAUGUAAAAUUGGCCCCUCCCACUCCUGUGGCUGAGAUGGGUCGGAGGUCACCGCCGUGCCCUCCUCUCAGGCUGCUGAGCGUAGAUGAGAUGUCCGACUGCAGCAGCUUCACUGGCUCCUCAGACACAUUCUCCCCUACGCAGGGUAACCACAGCAGCACACAGCUGGGUCGUCGGAGGAGGAAGGCUGGACUCAGAGCCCUCCGGUUCAUCAAGCAUCACUCCUUCUCCCAGCACGCCAUCUUCUGUCUCCUGAGCGGCCGGCCGCUGGUCGUCGUCGGAGGAGAUGAGAGUUUAGUGAGGAAGCAGGUGGAUGGUCUUAGCCUCUUCCUGCCAUCCCCCGGUUCUGAUGGAAGCGCGGUGAUGCCGUGUUUGACCACGCCACUUCAGCUGUCUGACCUGCUCACCUGGAGACUCAUAGGAAUACAAAGAUCCUCCUCCAGCUUAUCCUCCACCAUUCUUCUUUCUGUGACUCGAUACAGUCGGUACCUGGCUUUGCUGGACCUGGAUCAGAAGACGCUGCAGAGCCCGACCUACUCCGGCUCUCUCCUCAGCCAGCUGGCUGAGCCUCACACCGGUUUCCGAGGGGGACUGACUUACCUGCUGCACUUGGAGAGCUGCCUGGCCGCACUGGCCAGCAAGGCACUGCUGCACACACUCCUAGCGGGAGGCGUUGGUACUGAAAGGGAUUGUCUGCAUGCACAAGGGUCCUUCUCCAGUGAAUGUGACUACAGAGUCAUGCACCAUCUGUCUGACCUCAUCAAGCAACGCCACGCAGGACGUGGGCCGCCAUUUUUAAAAUUCUCUUACUGCUCAGUGCAGCUUCACAAAAACACGUUUGCUACAUAAGAGCCCGAGUUGAGAUUAAUGUCAGAGCUCAGGUUUAGUCAUUAGCUGCUGUAAACAGAAUUAUUCUAUUUUUCUAGCUCAAUUCAAAUUCAAAAAUACUUUAUUAAUCCCAGAGGGAAAUUGAUUUUUCUUACUGAGUGUUUAAGGACUUUUCUCACCAAAGACAUUUAAACAGCAGUUAACCGCUUUAUUAUAGUGACUUUACCAUGUUUAUCACUUCCUCACACACGAACGCUUCAUUUAAAGUGAAUUAUUCAGAAAAAGUGCAAGUACACCAUCAUUCAGAUUAUAAUCUCUGAACUAGUAUUAUGACUUUAGGAGGUUUCAGACUGUGUGCUGUGAUUUUUAAAACUACAAAAACGUGUUGCUUCGUUUAAAUAUUCACCUGGUUUUGAUUAAGCUAAAUGUCUUUAGUAGAAAAAACCCUAAAAAUCUAGAAAAGGCUUUAAUGAAUACAAAUAAAACAAAAUCCUCUAGAAUAGAGUCAAGUACAUUUUAAUCCCUCGGGAACGUUCCUCUGAGAAAUUCAGUUUCCAGUAGUGGCACAUCGACAGAAAAGGACAAAAAAAAAAAAAAACCAGAUUCAACAAGUACAAAGAUGUUUAAGAAAAUAUAUAAACAAUCAAUUAAAAAAAACACAUAAAAACUUCCAAUCAGCAGUAUUAAGAUUACAUCACAACUCCAUGUUGAGCUCAAAUCAACAAUAAACUGGAAUUUUAUCUCAAAUGUGAAUUUAAAUCCUUUAACUGGGAAACUUGAGUGAAAACGUGUUUUUCUGUCAGAGGUCUGCAGGAUGCCACAAAGAAAAGGAAAACAAGCAACUUUUACCUCAGUGUGUUUAUCUAGUGGCUAAAAAAAACCAACUAAAGCUUUGAGUUGGUUCUGCUUACCUCCUCUACCAUGUCAACAUCUUUUCCACAACAUGGAACAUUUACAGAACAUGACCCAUAAAACAUGACAGGUGUUCUGAAGGUACGGUUUCUUAGCCCUGCAGGUAAAAUAGAGAACUAAAACCUUUAACAAAGAGACUUUUUUACUGACAUAUGGUAAAAUUUGUAAAACAAAAUUCUACUGGCAUGAAAAGCAAGUUUUCUUUAUUUGCCAUUUUGGAAGUGAACAGAUCGUCCCAGGAUGGUUAGUUUUCUUUCCAACCGAAGACUUUUUUCAUUCAUCAACUGUUCUAACCCAUCAGAAACGGUGGUCAGUGUGGGUUGUCCCACUCGUCUAAUGUUUUUAGUUAGUAAACACGCUAAGAUGCUUUAUGUGUUACCAAACAUGCUGUAACCUAAAAGGUGACCGACACUUGUGCAAAACUCUGAAUAAAACUUUAUGCUUU